ACAGUGUCAGACUCGAUUCUUCCUCCUCCUCUUCGGAGGGAACCUGCCACUUCUAGCUGCCCUGCCCUCCCUUUUAAAGGGCAACUUGCCCCACGCCGGACCUCAGCUCCAGCCUGCUCCCGCCUCGGGCUCAGCUGGUCCAUCACCCUGUCCGCGCUUCUGCCAGUGCCCUGUAGCUUCUACAGAGAGACGCGCCCCGAGAUGGAGAGCAAAGCACUGUUCCUGGUGGCCCUUGGCAUGUGGCUCCAGAGUCUGACCGCCACCCGCGGAGGGGUGGCCGCCGCCGAUAGAAUUACGGGAGGAAGAGAUUAUAUAGAUAUUGAAAGUAAAUUUGCUCUAAGGACCCCUGAAGACACAGCUGAGGAUACUUGCCAUCUCAUUCCUGGAGUGACAGAAUCUGUGGCUAACUGCCACUUCAACCACAGCAGCAAAACCUUUGUGGUGAUCCAUGGCUGGACGGUGACAGGAAUGUAUGAGAGUUGGGUGCCAAAACUUGUGGCUGCCCUGUACAAGAGGGAACCUGACUCCAAUGUCAUUGUGGUGGACUGGCUGUCACGGGCCCAGCAACAUUAUCCAGUGUCUGCCGGGUACACCAAGCUGGUGGGAAAAGAUGUGGCCAAGUUCAUCAACUGGAUGGCGGAGGAAUUUCACUAUCCUCUGGACAAUGUCCAUCUCUUGGGAUACAGUCUUGGAGCCCAUGCUGCUGGCAUUGCAGGAAGCCUGACCAAUAAGAAGGUCAAUAGAAUUACUGGCCUAGAUCCAGCUGGACCUAACUUUGAAUAUGCAGAAGCUCCAAGUCGCCUUUCUCCCGAUGAUGCAGAUUUUGUAGACGUCUUACACACAUUCACCAGAGGGUCGCCUGGCCGAAGUAUUGGAAUCCAGAAACCAGUAGGACAUGUUGACAUUUAUCCUAAUGGAGGCACUUUUCAACCAGGAUGUAACAUUGGGGAAGCUAUCCGUGUGAUUGCAGAGAGAGGCCUUGGAGAUGUGGACCAGCUAGUAAAGUGUUCCCAUGAGCGUUCCAUUCAUCUCUUUAUUGACUCUCUGCUGAAUGAAGAAAAUCCAAGUAAGGCCUACCGGUGCAACUCAAAGGAAGCCUUUGAAAAAGGGCUCUGCCUGAGUUGCAGAAAGAACCGUUGCAACAACUUGGGCUAUGAGAUCAAUAAGGUCAGAGCCAAAAGAAGCAGCAAAAUGUACCUGAAGACACGCUCUCAGAUGCCAUACAAAGUCUUCCAUUACCAAGUAAAGAUACAUUUUUCUGGGACUGAGAGUGGUACACAGACCAACCAGGCCUUCGAGAUCUCUCUGUAUGGCACUGUGGCCGAGAGUGAGAACAUCCCUUUUACCCUGCCUGAAGUUUCUGCGAAUAAAACCUACUCCUUUCUAAUUUACACGGAGGUGGAUAUUGGGGAACUGCUAAUGUUGAAACUCAAAUGGAAGAGUGAUUCAUACUUCAGCUGGUCAGACUGGUGGAGCAGCCCUGGCUUUGCUAUUGAGAAGAUCAGAGUAAAAGCAGGAGAGACCCAAAAAAAAGUAAUCUUCUGUUCCAGGGAGAAAGUGUCUCAUCUGCAGAAAGGAAAGGCAUCUGUGGUAUUUGUGAAAUGCCAUGACAAGUCUCUGAAUAAAAAGUCUGGCUGAACCUGGGCAAAUCUACAGAAGGAAGAACAGCACAUGAAUUUUAUGAAGAAUGAAAUCACUUUUACAAAAGAUGCCCAGUGCUUGGGUGUUUCAAAGAGAAUUUUCCUGAGUAUUAAUCCCUAAUUAAUAAUUAAUUAGUUAUUUUAGGAUACAGUCUUAAAUACCCAAAAAAGUGGCUAAUUCAAUUUGAGGAAUAUAGUGGCCAAAUAGCACAUCAUUAAAAGAGCACAGAUUUAAAAAUCACUGUUUUGUCCUUUGAAAAAGAAAUAAGAACCAUUUUGGCUCAUGGUAACAUAAUACACCUUCUUUAUCUAGUGAGUUUAACCAUAGCCUAAAAUUAAGUAGAAUCUCACUUUUUAAUCAGAAGCUUGCAUUUUCUGGACUGAUACCUUCUCAAUGUUUUCUCCAAGUGUGAAUAUAGAAAAUGAUUUUUUUUUUUUUUUGGUGGCAUGAGUUGGACCCAUUUUCUUACUAGUCAAAACACCUGACUUUUUUGGAAUGGUUUUUCUCUUGCCAUCAGGUUCUGUGUUGCCCAGGAGUUAACCAGGGACUAGUGACUUGGAGAGAGGAAUAGAAAAUGAAAUUGGUAAAUCACUGAAACUUUAAACCCUCCCUGCAGCUGGUUGCAUCAUUGCUAAGUUACAAAUUAAAAGAGAUAUAAAAUUUAGACCAAUUCAGUCUUAAUAGGCUUAUAGUUUGUCGCUUAAUCUCUACCUGCCAUUUGUCUCAAGAUUAUAUUUUAACAGUGCUUUCUAGGUUGGUGUUUUACAUGAGCCUGUUAUUGUCAACUGACACAUAAUUUUAACUAUGGGGAAAGAAAAUGAUACCACAAUUUCAUUAAUCAGAUUUCUGAAGUUAUAUUCAUCAAUUUGAGGUCAUUUAAUAUCUGAUAGGCACUGUUCAAUUUUAGGUUUAUCUCAGUCAUGCUUCAAUCAUACUUUGAGCAUGUCUCUUCCCUGGUUUUAGUAAGAAAAUAUGUACUCAAGGUCAAAUUUUACAUCACGCAAACUUCUAUAAAUUUUAGACAAGGGUCAUUGUUACUAAGUUAGGAGGUGAAAAAUUAUAUAUCCAUAAACAGUGCUUAAAACCACUGUGAGCAAUUAAAAGAAUCCUCAAUUGCCAUAGCCACAUGAAAUGCCAUGAGAGGUGUUAUUUUUAACAGCUAGUCCAGAGUGAGUGAACAGUUAUUUAUAAACUAGAUAUCAUAUUUUCAGAAUGAUCUUCUAUAUAUUAAUAUAAAUUGAUAAACAAGUAAAAUGUCUCAAAGACUAUUGCUGGGAAUCCAAACUAUAAACAUGUGUGGGUAUCUGAACAUAUGACUCACAUAUGAAGCCCCACAUGUACAUUUAUUAUUCAGCAUAGCUUGGAAAGUAAACAAGAGAUACAGUAUUAGGAUGUAUUGAAGUAGAAAUUAUUCCAGAGGUACUAGAACUUAAGCCCUUCAUUUGAGAAAUAUGGUUAUACCUAUACAAAGUAGGAUGAAUGCUGUGAUAGAUAUCAGCCAACUUGGAAUGAAUUUUUUCUAAAAAUAAAAUAUUGUGAGAUUUGUUGUUGUCAUCCCCCUUUAUUGCUAAUUCAUUAAUUUUCUGGAUUUGGGUUUUGAACAAGGGUGCAUAAACUUCAGAAAAUAUGGAUCCAAUCAGUGUAUGGCCCUAGGAACUCUGGCUUCUACAGACUUCAUUAUAUAUAUUUAAACAAUGCUUUGGCUUUAAAUGUUAUUUAUUAACUGUAAAUAUAUGUGUGUAUGAGUAAAGGGAAAUUGUAUAUCAGAAAGGUUUUGGCUAAGGGCAUUUAUAGACAUGUGGUGCUAACUUUGUACAUGUCUUUGUCAGUGACGGUCUCACUGAGCCAACUUACUCUGAUGAAAUAAUACCAUAAAGUGACUUUUUUUUAAAGGAAACUUAAUUAACUAUGUUAAGAAAUGGAAUCUGGUUUUAAUAAAAUUGACAAAAUUUUA